CUGUUGUCCUGUUGUGAAGCCCUCUGUCCUGGAACCCUGCACCCCCUCGGUCCUAUCUCUCCAUCACUUCAUAGUGGGACUCUUCUGCAGCAUCCAGUGAGGUCUGCAACAUCACUUGAAGAACCCAUAGAGUCAGGAACCAUGCUGACCAUUUUGGCGCUAGCGUCGGUCAUACUCCUGGGAAUAGUGCCCCAGCAGUCUGAGGCCAUCGUCAUCUACACGGGCUGGGAGCGUCACGCCCUGGUGGGCUCCGACAUCCGUCUUUCCUGCUCCUUCUUCUCCUGGCGCUGGACCUCUGAUGACGUCACCUUCUCCUGGAGCUACCGGCCCGACGGUGCCAGGGACGCCAUCUCUGUCUUCCACUACACCGGUGGAGCUCCCUACGUAGACAACAAGGGACCCUUCAGAGACAGGCUGGAGUUUGUGGGGAACCCUGGUCGCCGGGACGGAUCCAUCCUGCUCAAAAACCUAGACUACGGAGACAACGGCACCUUCACCUGCGAUGCCAAGAACCCACCUGACAUAGUGGGACGCGCCUCCAGUGUCAGACUGCUGGUCUUUGAGAAGGUUCCCAUCCAGGCCGGAGUGAUCACAGGGUCCAUCAUCGGUGCAGUGCUGGGUCUGUUGUUGCUGAUCGUUGUCAUCUACUAUCUCAUGAGGUUCCUGGUGGCCCGCAGAGUCUUCAACCUCAGUGUCAGCAAACAUGGAAAGAAAGGGAAGGGUAAAGAGGGAUCACAGCAGAGACAGCCCUGGAGACCGCCCCCCGUCACUUGCCUCCCCCUUACCUCCUAAAUAUGACUCUCUUUCUCUUUUUCUCCUAAAUGUACCUCUCUCUCUCUCUCUGCUCUAAUGUAAAUACCUCCCUCCCUCCUUCAAUCCUAAUCCAUCUGUUUCCUCAUUUUUAACAUGCCCAUCGAUCUCACCCAUCUCCCCAGUGCUAACACGACUUCUCUCCCCCUCCCUCUUCCCUACUCUCCUUUCUCACACUCCUCCUUUCCUCCUGAAGUGACUCCUCUCCUCCCCUGUUCCCUCCUCCUCUCCACAGGGCCCAACUCUCUCCAUCGGAGACCCGUCCAAGCUGAAGGCCGCCGCCUCAGAAAAGAAGAAGCAGGAGUCGCGCAAGGAUAAGAAAUAGGAUACGGGGAGCAGAGAGCUAGAGCCCCAACACACAGCCCAGCCCAAAGCAAUGAGACAGGCAGAGAGAGCAGGAACAGGGGGAGGGGACUCACCCAAGGGGGCAGGGCCUGGUAGGGUGCUGAUGACCAUCGAGCUGGAGCUCUCCAAGUGGGAAAAAGAGGGGGAGGGGAAGAGGGGUGGGUCCGCCUCGGCCAAAUCAUCCAGUUUCCUGUCCCUGUCCAAGCUCUCCAAAAAACUGACCCUUAAAUAAGUGAAUGAGAGUCAUACUGGAGAGGGAGGCAGCGGAGAACCUUAAUUAAGGAGGCAGUCUUAAAGAACUGUAAGGCUGUGUCCCAAAUGGCUCCAUAUUCCCUACAUAGUGCACUACUUCUGACCAGAGCCCUAUGGGCCCUGGUCAAAAGUAGUGCAGUGCACUAAAUAGGGAAUAGGGUGCUAUUUCGGAGGCAGCCUUAGUCUGUCUUCAACGGUAUAUUCUUUCCCACAAGAUCUAAGCCUUUACAACUCAAAGUAUAUUCAUCAUGAUCUCAAUGCCACACUGGGGUGAACAUAGACACAAUAGUGCUAAAAAAUAUAUGAUAGCUCAAUCAAUGGAAGUGAAACACUCCAACUACUACUGUCAGGUCAUGAAACAUACCAUUUGAACCAAAUCAAAUGCCAUCUGACUGCUAGUUUGAUGACAAAAUCUUAAAAGCUAUUCCCAAGUUUGCCUUUCAUUCUGACAUCUUAGAUGUGAUGCAAGGCAGUAUUCCUCAACUACGCCUGUCCGACACACAUCAGAGAGUCCUGGCUACAGGGACCACCCGAUUUGUUAUUUUGUGUCUGUGUCCCAAAUGGCACCCUAUUCUCCACUCAGUGCACUACUUUGACCUGAGUCCUAUGGGCCCUGGGGAGAGGAUCUGUCAAAGUUUGACUUGUCCUCACACUGACUGAUGUUCUCUCUUCUUUCUCCUCUCGUCUUUCACUGGGAGCACUUUUAUUCUGACCCUCUUCGUUAAAACUGUAGAAGUUUCAAAAAAACUUUGAAUGCUUACUCUUUCUCAUCCUAUCUUUUCUAUCUCUCUUUCUCUCAUAGAUUUUCUGAAUCUUAUUUCUCAAAGACUCGACUUCCUCCCACUUGACUGCUUCAGCUUCCAUACGCCACACCCUUUUAGACCACACCCCUUUCCUCCUGCCCCACCUUUUGAUGCACUUGUCCUAUCUCAUUAACUCAUUAAGUCCUGCCUAUAUAAGAGCAGUCCUACUAAGUUAAGCAAGAGUAGUCCUACUGAGUUCAGCAUUUGUAUGAUGAGGCAGAACAUACAACUCAUAACCCAUUUAGCUAGCAUCAAGGCAGAGCAGACCCAGUAUAGACAUGCAGUGUAACAAAUGGACCCACCAGGCUAUUGAAUAGAGAUAUUUGACCUCUCCCUAGAGAGGUCAAAUAGUUCCUGAAACUUCUGUUAAUGCUUCCUGCUGCUCAGUGCUCAAUCAGAUCAGGUGUGAGCGGUGUGAAGAGUUUGAAUGCACUCUGUGCUGGACGAGUCAGAGUGAGGGAGAGAAAUAUGAUUCCUAGCUCUUACCUUGUGUAGAUGGGUUCAAAUUGAAGUUCAUAUCGCCGGGUGAUUCACUCCCUUCACAUUUGAGCUAAUGGAGGCCGUAGUGCUGUGCUGCCUUUCUGUCACUGCAAGCUGGAGGCUAGGUUAUUCCUGUCUAUAAGGGUGUAGUAGAUACAGGCUUACUGUAACAGCUGCAAUUUAAAACAGAGUAGAAAAAGCCCUGUUUGUUUGUGUCUGAGAGUACAUCCCAAAUGGCCAGCUAUUUCCUAUAUAUUGCACUACAUUUGACCAGGGCCCAUAGGGCUCUGGUUAAACAUAGUGCACUAUAUAUUGUAUAGGGUGCCAUUUUGGAUGCAGCCUGCUUUGAAUUCUGUGACUGAGUCCUUGAAAUGACGUCACGUUGACAGCCAGUGGACAUUCUCAGGCCCUGACAACAAAGGGAUACUCCUCCUUUCUACUCCUCCGUGUUAUUCUGGUCCCGUUAAUCCCUUCUGCACAUUUCCCCCCCCCUAUUUUAGCACUUGCUGGUAACUGGAUCCCUCUAUCUCUCUCUCUCUCUUACACACACACACACACACACACACACACACACACACACACACACACACACACACACACACACACACACACACACACACACACACACACACACACACACACACACAUACUGUCUUUCUCUAAUUCUCUCUCUAAUUCUCUCUCUCUCUCUCUCUCUCUCUCUCUCUCUCUCUCUCUCUCUCUCUGUGUCCUUUAGUGACGCUAAGCUAUGUUCCCUCAUAGACUACCCAAUCCACUCUAUACUUAAGCCUCUUCUAUCUAGCUUUAUCAGACAAAGCCAGACCCCAUCUCAAACAAACUCAGCAAUUCUUUUUUUCUUUUCUUUCCUCUCCUCCUCCUCCUCCCUCUUUUUCAAACUCAGUGAUGGACACCUCUCUCCUCCACCCCCCUGAUCACCAACGUCCCUCUCACUCACCCACCAAUGCCAACACACCCCUGCACGUUCGUUCACCUACCUUUUCUGCUGGUUGGAAUGCCACGUCGCUCUCUUCUGCCCCCUAUUGGCCAGGGAUGGAAACUGGGCAGAAUCAUCCAUGUUAUUAGUUCUCAUUGAAGACUUUAAUCUAGCUAUAGCUCUCUGCCGGUCGCAAAGGUGCGUGUUUUAUGUGUGUCUGUGUGUCUAGUCAGACUGUCAUGUCAAACAAAAGAUGAUAAAAACACUGUACAUGCAUGUCAUUCUAAAGUAAAGCAAAUGAUGAAACAUUUUACUGAACAAGUGCACAAAAAUGCUUGUUUUGUUUGAGGGAGGCGGAUGUGUGAUAGUAUCUUCUUAUGACAUUUUAUCACAUUGAUGCCCUUGUUCAUGGAGGGGGAUCUGUGUGGCUGUUUUUAUUUUGGUGCAUAUUUUCCAGGAGCGGAAAAUCAAUAUUUGUUAUUUUAAGGUGCAAGCUGCAUGGGGCUACAGUUGGCACUCGCAAGGUGAGGGAGGUGAUGAUGAGGAGGAGGAGGAUAAGGGAGGUUAACUUCAGAUGUUGCUGGUGGUCAUGUGAUUGGAAAAAAAAGAACAGGUUGUUGCUGGGAUGAAGAUACUUUGGAGAGAGAGAGCAAGACUUAUCUUGUGUGUUAAGCCAAGCCAAAGCCCAUAUGUAUCGCUGAAGAUAUGGUUCAUCUCUCCCUAAAGCUCUCUCUUUCAAGGUCCUUACCCUGAGCUUCGGGUCUGAACGCUUGAUAGGCUAUGCGAGGUGGUUAGCGUAGGGUUUAGUGUUGAAUGUGUUUUGUUCUUUUAACUGUGGACAUAGGGAGUGUGUUAAAACCACACCAUGGUUCAUUAAGCCAAGAGAAAAUGCAUAGUUCUGUUCACCCCUUCGCUGUUUAACCAACUAUCCAUCAUCAGAUGUGAUCAGUUUGAAUGUGUCUUUCGGUUCUUUUUCAGUACAGCCACACGGACUCCUGACAUAAAACAAACUGCCCUAAAAUGUCUUCACAAUGUUUUGUUGUCUGGAUUGUGUACUGUACGUAUUAUUUUGGUUGUUAGAUAACAUUCCUUUCUUAGAAAUGUCAAGCUUCUUAAAUUUUUACGUUUAUUUUAAUGCUUAUAAUUAAAGUGCACUAAUCAUACACAUUUCAUUGUUAUUUAAAAUGUGUUGUAAAGGGAAGGUAAAUAAAAAUUAAAGCAUCAAACACAUCUCGGUUGUAAAAGGAGAAUAAAAUAAACCCAAAUGAAAAUGA